AAAAACAUCAACAUUUAUAAUUUUAGGGGUUACAAAAUUGGAUCUCUGUUUGUUAUUAGGGAUUAACAAAGUAAAUAAUUAGGUUUUUUGUUUUGUUAAUAAUCCUAAUUUUCCACUGAAUUCAUCAUAUUCACUGUUCAACUACUGUCAGUCAUAUUCCUCCAUUGGGCUCUUCUUCUUCAGUAUUUCUACCUACUUAACUUUUUGUCAGUAGAGUCACUCUCAGUUGAAAAACACUGCUCAGCACAAUAAUACUGCACAACAGACAGAACACAAGGGAUCUAAUCUAAUCUGAGAGUUGAGUUGAGUUGAGUAAAUGGGGUGAAUUUAAUGGAAGAAGAUGAAGAACAGCAGAUGGAGAUGAUGAUGAUGAUCAUCAUCUUUAGUACCUGCUGAUCCAGAUUUCUUUUCACAUAGUUGGGAAUUUCAGUGUGAUUCAGUUCUUAGUUGUUUGGGAGAUCAAAUUGACGAAUCGUAUUGCCAGUUGAUGAUUCAGUGAAGCGAAUUGUAGUACUAAGGAAACUCCAAUAUAAUCAACAGCAGCCAGUUCUUAAACUCCAAAUUGGUUAAUAUUUGCAAUCGCUGGUAUAUUGGAAGAGUGGGAGAGCGACAUUUAUAGGUUUAAAGGACAGCUUUAAUACCCAAUUAGUUGGGUUUUAAAGCUGUUUUGAGUGUGAUCUGGCUUGGCUUGAUUACUUGGAUUUGUAUAUUAGAUACAGGAAUCACACUUUUGGCAAAUCAGAACAGAUUUUUUGGUUAUUUUUGGCUGGAGUCAUGGCGUCGUCUAUGUUACAUGGUGAAUCGAGACGGUUGUAUUCCUGGUGGUGGGAUAGUCAUAUUAGCCCAAGGAAUUCAAGAUGGCUACAGGAUAAUCUAACAGAUAUGGAUGCUAAGGUCAAAGCGAUGAUCAAGCUCAUAGAAAUAGAUGCAGAUUCUUUUGCAAAGAGGGCUGAUAUGUACUACAAGCAACGACCUGAACUUAUGAAACUGGUUGAGGAAUUCUACCGUGCAUACCGUGCUUUGGCAGAAAGAUAUAAUCAAGCAACAGGAGAUCUUCGGCAAGCUCAGAAACAAAUGGCAGAAGCAUUCCCAGACCAGGUUCCUUUUGGGAUGGCAGAUGAUUCACCCACAGGAUCUUCAGUUAGUGAUGGGGGGCCUCAUACUCCUGAGAUGCCACAUCCUCUGCGUGCAUUGCUUGAUCCUGGUGACUUUUCCUUAACUGGCAAAGAAGGGUUGAAGAUACUCAAUGAGAUGUUUGGACCAGAAGGAGUCUCUCGUCAUGCCAAAUUUGGUGAAGGAAAAGUGAGGAAAGGUCUGAAAUUUCAUGAUGAAGAUGCAGAUCAUAAGUCAACUAAUGGAUCCGGGGAUUUCUCGAAUCACGAUGGGAAAAAUGAUGUAUCCGAGUUGUCAAAUGAAAGCCACAACGUCAAGAAUCGGAUAAUGUCUGAAUCUGAAGAAGUGGGUCAAGCUGAGAUCAAAAUUCAGACCCUAACAGAAGCCCUAGCAAAAUUAGAAGCCGAAACAGAAGCAAGUCUUCUUCAGUACCGUCAGAGUUUGGAUAGGUUAUGUAGUUUGGAGGCUGAAGUUUCUCGUGCACAUGAGGACUCCAAAGGACUGACUGAGCGAGCAGAUAAAGCUGAAAGUGAAGUCGAAUCCCUUAAACAGUCUCUUGCUAGAUUAGAGGAUGAAAAAGAAGCUGGUCUUCUUCAAUAUCAACAUUAUUUGGAUAUAAUAUCUAAUCUGGAAAGAAAAAUCUCUCUCGCUGAUGAGGAAGCUGCAAGACUUAGUCAGCGAGCUUCCGAAGCAGAAGCCGAAGUGCAGUUCUUGAAGCAAGCUCUGGCAAAACUAGAAUCUGAAAAAGAAGCUGGUCUUGUCCAAAUCCAGAAAUAUUUAGAGAUGAUAUCUUAUCUGGAGAUGAGAGUUUCACAGGCAGAGGAGAAUGUGGAGCGACUAAAUGGCCAAGCAAGUGAAGCUGAAAAUGAAACCCAAAGACUUAAGGAAGACGUUGCUAUAUUAAAAUCCGAGAAAGAAGCCUGUCUUGUACAGUACAAUCAGAGUUUGGAAACCAUAUCUAAUCUAGAGACCAGAAUUUCUCAGGCGGAAGAUGAUGCUGAAGUUGUAAAUGGGCGAGUUACUGAAGCCGAAGCUUCAGCUCAAACCCUGAAGGAAGCUCUUUCGAUAUCAGAACUUGAUAGAGAAUCCAGUCUUGCACAAUACAAUCAGUGUUUGGGGACUAUUUCUAAUCUAGAGAUCAAACUCCGUCGUGCUGAGGAGGAUGCUUUAAGACUUAGCGAGAGAGCUGAAAAGGGGGAAAGCGAUGUCCAGUCUCUGAAUCAACUUGUUGCUACGUUACAGGAAGAGAAGGAAACAGCUGCGCUUCAGUAUCUCAGUUGUUUGGGGACAAUAUCUAAUUUGGAGACUGACCUCAUUGGUGCCCAAGAUGAGGUGAAAAACCUGAGGAGUGAGAUUGCUAAGGUAGUUUCGGAGUUACACGGUACUGAAAAGCAUAAUCUUCAUUUAGAGAAUUCACUUUCUGAUGUGAAUGCACAAGUAGAAGGGUUGAGGGCGAAAGUAAAAGUAUUCGAGGGGUCGUGUUUGUCUCUUCAGGAAGAAAAACUUACCCUUGUUGCUGAGAAGUCCAACCUAGUUUCUCAGUUGGAGAUUGUUAUGGAGAAAGUUGGGAGGUUGUCAGAGAAAAACACUCUAUUGGAGAAUUCUCUCUCUGCUGCAAACGUUGAACUCGACGGGUUAAGAAAUAAAUCAAACAGCUUAGAAGAAUCUUACCGAUCUGUUGACAGUGAGAGAGCGUUUCUUCUUACUGAAAGAGACACUCUCUUGUCCAAUUUAGAAAGUAUUCAGAAAAGGCUUGAAGUUCUGGAGAGCAACUACGCAGAACUAGAAGAAAACUACUCAAAUCUGAAGAAGGAGAAGAUAUCCACAAUUCAACAAGUAGAGGAACUCCGCAAGUCCUUGAAUCUAGAAAAGCAAGAACAUGUAAACUUCGUUCAGUCUAGUGAGACCCGGCUAGCUCGUCUGGAAGACCAAAUUGUACACGUGCAAGAAGAAGGCUAUUGGAGAAAGAAAGAAUUUGAGGAUGAACAAGAUAAAGCAAUCAAGGCUCAAGUUGAGAUCUUUAUCCUCCAAAGAUCAAUCCAAGACAUGGAAGAAAAGAACUUUUCUUUGAUGAUUGAGUGUCAAAAAUACUACGACGCAUCAAAAUUAUCAGAGAAAGUGAUCUCGCAACUGGAACAGGAGUCGUUUGAACAACAUGUGGAAGUCAAUUCCUUGAUAAACCAACUUGAAAUUCUGAGAAUGGGACUUCAUGAAAUUUUGAGGUCACUUGAAGUUGAAACAGAUCGUGAGUGCGAAGAAGAUAAGUUGCUUCUCCAGAAAGUUUUGCAAAAAAUUGAUGAUGUCGGGAGUUCUUUAUUGGCAAGCCAGGAGGAAAACCAGGAACUUCUGUUUGAGAAGUUCGUUCUUGAAACUUUGUUAGGACAGCUGAGAUUAGAGGCAGUUGAUCUGGAGUGUACAAAAAAUACUGUUGAUCAAGAGUUGAAGAUGAGGUCCGAGGAGCUAAAGAUGCUGCACGACGAGAAACAAGAACUGUUGGAGAUGAACUGGCAACUGAGAGUGGGAGUAAGAGAAGGGGAAGAUAGGGAGAAAGGACUAAAGGUUGAGAUGGACCACCUACAUACGAUGUUGUCAGAGUUGCAAGAAGAACAUCUUGUGUUACAGUGUGAAUAUUCCAGUGUACAUGAAGAAAACGAAUCGUUAGCAAAGGAAUUCUCAGAGGUCAAGGAGAAAACAAGCUUGCUAGAGGAAGAGAACAGUGUUAUUCUUGAAGAGUUACUUACUCUAGGUAACCUGUUUUCAAUUUCCAAAAGCCAUUGUGCUGAGAAGGAUGCGGAGUUAGAAAAACUUUGUAAUAAUCUUGAUCAACUUCGUGAGGUUAAACAUAAGCUUGAGAUGGAGAAUAUUACAAUUGGGGAAAAACUGGAAACUGUUGAGACAGAUAAAAUUUAUCUCCAGACUUCAGUUUUGAAGUUGGAAGAUGAACUGAGUGGUGUCAAGAAUGUAAACAGUCGGUUGCAUCAUGAGCUUCUGAGUGAAAAGGAUAUGGUGAAUCAGAAGGAUACAGAGCUUUUGGAAGCAGAGCACAAGCUCCAAGCUGCACAGAGUGAUAAUGUAGAGUUGCUUAGAAAUAUCGAGGAACUGAAGAAGGAAACUGACAUGGCUAGGCUGGUAAGAAUGGAGUUGGAGAAUCAGAAUUUUAAGCAACUAGAAGAGAAUACUCAUCAGAUCAAGGAGAUUAGAUCGCUUCGAGAGGCACACGACGAGUUCGAAUUAGAUUUGGCUAAUUUACGUGAAGAGGUUAAUGAUUGCAAAACUAGAGAAGCUUUUCUGAGUGUUCAGCUACAAAAUGAGAUCCAAGCACGGGAAGCCGAGGCCGCAGAGAUGUUUAGUGAGCUUCAGAUCUCCACAAUCUGCUCUCAGCUAUUCGAAAAUAAAGUGCACGAGGCCUUUGCAGCAAAUAAGAAUCUUGCAGAAGAAGGUAUUCUAAAUCAAGCAGAAAUUGAACACCUUAAAGAAAGGCUUCGUGUUUUAGAGGGUGAAAGUGCAGGACUAAAAUCAAAUUUAGCUGCAUAUAGCCCGGUCAUUGUUUCUCUGAGGGAUAGUGUAACGUGUCUUGAAGAUCAUGCACUUUCUCAAGCAAAGAGCCCGGAAGGUGGUAAGCAGUUACAGAUUCAGGAUGAAGAGUUUCCAGAUAGCUAUUAUGAACCGAAUGGUAUAACUUCUCCUGAAGAUCAUGCACUUUCUCAAGCACAGAGCCGGGGAGGUGGUAAGCAGUUACAGAUUCAGGAUGAAGAGUUUGCAGAGAGCUGUUAUGACCCAAAUGACGACCAAAAUUUGUUGGUGGUAGAUGGAGUUUCCGAGUUGAAGGAGUUGCAGGCUAGGGUUAAAUUAUUGGAGAAGGCACUUGUGGAAAUGGUGAAGCUCUCAAAGCAGGAAGCCUUAGCUGCCAGUGCUAGACUCGAGGCUGCAUUGAAAGAGGCUGAAGAGCUGAGAUCCAAAAGUAGUAUUGUUCGAGAAAUAGUCCAGACGAGUGGGGUUACUGUUGCUAUGCACUUGGAAAAUGAGGAGCUUGGCAAUGAACACAGGAAUGUCAAUGCGCAGAAAGCUGAAGCUGAAACCUCUAAAGUAAGAAAUAGUGUUUCAAUGAAAGAUAUUCCACUCGAUCAGAUGUCGGAAUGUUCAUCAUACGAUCACGGAUUUGGUUCACACGGAGUAAGCAGGAGAGAAAAUGCGGAAACUGAUGACCAGAUGCUCGAGCUGUGGGAAACCAGCGACCAUGAUUACAGCAUUGAUACAAUAGUCAAUAAACCACAAAAGAUGAAACGUGUGUUAACCCGAGAACGUCCCGCCCAGCAGCAAAUUAUUGCAGUGGAUGAGCAGAGAAGUCGAAAUCCCUCUUCCGAGUUUGAAGUUGAGAAGGAGCUCCGAGUGGACAGCCUAGCGGUAUCCAAGAGAAUCACAGUGCCACGUGAAGAUGCAAACAAAAGAAAGAUCCUGGAAAGACUUUCUUCUGAUUCGCAAAAAUUGAUGAAUCUUCAGAUAACCAUCCAAGAUUUGCGAAAGAAGAUAGAGAAGUCUAAGAAGAGUAAGAAAACAAGGUUUAUCGAGUACAACAACGUCAAGGAGCAGCUACAGUUAAUUGAGGAAGCAACCAUGCAGUUAGUAGAUGUGAAUGGUACUUUGAUUAAAAAUGCUGAAGAAAGUCCUCUUCCCUCUGAUCGUAGAGGUUUCCAAGAGCCUGAAGAGAGUGGAAAACUUCAAAGACGAAGAGUUUUGGAACAGGCGCGAGAAGGGUCUGAAAAGAUUGGACAGUUGCAAUUGGAAAUGCAGAAGAUCCAGUUUAUUCUGCUGAAACUUGAGGGUGAAAAUGAUGUCAAAGGAAUAAACGUUGCAAAGAAAAGUACUGGAGUUUUAUUGCGUGAUUAUAUCUCUAGUGGUGUAAGAGGUAGUAGCCAGGGGCGAAAGAAGAAGAUUCCUUGUUGCGCCUGCGUGAAGAAACCUUCAACCAAAGAUGAAUGAGGUGAUAGAGUCAGCAGCAGCAGUUUUUUCCUACCAUUUUAGCUAAUAUGAGUUGAUAAACCUUUCAGUUUUAGAUUUCUACAUUUUCCCACUGCUAGAAUAAGCUUUGUUUAGAGAUGUUUUAUUGUCUAGAAAUUAAUCUAUUAUUCUUAGUUGAUUGUUUCGAUUAUUAACCGUACGUUGCUCGUCGCUCGACUUAAUAUGGUUCAAUGCAGCUACUCAUUUAGGCUGUUUUACCUUCA